GAUUAUUUGAUAGAGCUCCAGUUCACACGAGAAUCAUGGAGUGUAAAAGAGGUCAUUCAGGCCGUUUGAGCACAUGUAGAUCUUCUCAUGUAAUCUCGAAAUCCAACUCUUCUGUACAACAGAUCAUCACUCCAGUUAUACGAAUCGUGCAUAUUUUUGAACCAAAGUUUGUGAAUACCGAUGCAGCCAAUUUCCGGGACAUUGUCCAACAGCUUACUGGGAAAAACUCUUCUACCUCAUCCAAAAAGUUCAAGAAAAAGAAGCUCGGCCCUCAGAUCCCUCUUUUCUCUAACAAAGAGCUGAAAGCUGAUCAUUCUGAGUCACCAACUCAUGAGGAGGAGGAGGAUUUGUUGGCAACGGUAUUAUCUCUCUGCGAGGACCAAUCGAGUUCUCCUCUACCACAAAUCAUGACUGAGAACGACAGCACAAGAUCUUUAGAUAGUUUUUUUGGGAGUUUCGGUGCUUUUGGAGAGAUGGAUUUCUUCACUCCCUUUGUGGGUUCCAAUUCAUUGCUACCUGAGUUCCCAAUCGAUCAUACUGAUCACUUCACGGACACUUUCAUGCCAUCUUAGGGGGUUCUGGAUCGGCCCAUUUGUAAAGAAUUGCCCUUGACCGCUACAUCAUUCGUAAAUACAUUUUUCUACGAGGAAGAUACUUUCCUGGUAUCUCCUACCAAUAUAUUUGCUUAGUCAAUGUUUCUCAUUUCAAUUUGUAUUUCAUUUGUUUUAGAGAGAUUAGUGCUCUUUCAGUAAGCAGCUGACCUGUAUUUUUUAU